AUGCCAAACCCGCCGACCGCCACCCCGACCGCCUCUGACCUGGACACACAGCACCACAAAGCGACAGAGGACAAGAAGCGCUCUCACCCUGAUCCACACCACUUCCGCCCUCCACCGCCUCCACCACGCCCACCCACUUCGGCCGCCAACACAACCCCUUCACCGACCGACAAACCAUCCUCUAUAUCGCUGCAACCUCCAUCGCGUCCGCCCGUCUUCCAAUCCGUGUCCAGCGACGCCAUUGACGCGCCCCCACUACGCAAGAAGCCCCGUCUCCUCCCACGCCACGAGCGCUUCACUUUUACCGGGCCUUCUAUCAAUCGCCUACAGCCUCCAUCGCCGCUAUUCUUCUCAAACUCUCCGCGGCCGCGUCCGCACUUGCCACCGCGCUUCACCUCGUUCGAGGCAGGAGCCACGAUGCUGAGCAAGGCCAACAAUGAGGAGAGCCAUGUCAAGACUGUGACCCUGGCACGCGGCACCAUCUCCAACUCGUUGCGCCGCUCCAUCGACCGUUCGAGCACCGCCCGCAGUGCUUCCCCCGAUUUGCGUGGUGAAUUGUCGCUUAACUCCAUCGGCAUCCUCGAGCUCCUGGACCACGAUGACCGCCCUGCCAUCAUAGUCGACCUGGCCGAUGGCACAAACACCACAGAGCCAUCACUACGACCUAUCUUUACAAAUAGGGCUUUGCGCUCAUCUCCUGAUCUCCUCAGCGCCCUGACAGGCGUUGGGCGAGAUCAAGAUGAAGCCGCCUUUGCACAAUUCAAGGCGUGGGUUCUUGGCUCGCAAGCUAGCGGCGAGCCACUCAGUGUACCUCUACCGACCCAUGUCUAUGCUGGCACCAGCUGGUCGUGUUCGACCCUGCGCAAGAGACUGCGUAUCAUCAGCGGCGCAUCGGCUGCCUUGACCUCUAAUGGUGCUUUGGCUACGUCUGCAAGCCGCCACUCAUCCAACUCAACCUCGACAUCAGCUAUGUCUAUCCCACAAUCGUCUUCCUCCUUGCCCAUCUCAAGUUCUGCUCUGCCUGCAACUGUGGAAGAGCCAGAUGACUAUUUUGGUAGUGCAGCACCUGCUCCAACCUCGGCUCCCGCCCCAGCAGAGAUUUCUCCAUCCAUCAUUCCUUCGACCGAAGCAGCCGACGUCAAGGCUCAAUCGACUUGGUCGGGAUCUCUUUCUCUCGACUCUCACAAGAUCUCGCCGCUGAGUGUCCGUGACACGACGCUACUUGACACUCAUCCUUCUUUUCUUAACGAGCAAGUACUCUGCGCCCAAACUGCGGGCAAUGUUGACUGGUUCGAUAGUUCGUCGGCUGGCUUUUGUCAGGAAGGCCCUUCUUUCGACUGGACGCGCUUACCCGUAAGCGAUUCGAUGCCUCCGCACAUCAAGUUCGCACGAAGCAUUGAAUGGGAGAAGACUCCGCUAGGCUCUAUCGAAGGGUGGUCAUCAGACUUGCGCCAGAUGUGUAACCUCAUUAUGGCUAGUCCUCAUCCGGCUGCUAUGUACUGGGGCCAGGAAUUGGUCGCUAUCUACAAUGAGGCUUAUGUUAUGUUGGCUGGUCAGAAGCACCCGGCUCUAAUGGGACAGCGUUAUGCGGAUGGGUGGUCCGAGAUAUGGCCUGAAGUCAAGGAUGUCUUUGCCAAUGCGCUCAAUACUGGUGAAGCGACCAUGAAGGACGACGACCGGCUAUUCAUUAUGCGUGGCGACUAUCUUGAAGAAACGUACUUCUCUUGGUCCAUAAUUCCCAUGGUUGGAGGCGACGGUAGUGUUAUGGGUCUAUACAAUCCUGCUUUCGAAAAGACGAGGCGAAAGCUUGCUGAGAGACGCAUGAUAACGCUCCGCGAGAUUGGUGAACGCACCGCUCCAGCAAGAGAUGUCAAGGGAUUCUGGAGCGAGGUCCUCGCCGCCCUGGAUUUGAAUGAACACGACACACCUUUUGUCAUGCUGUACUCUGUCCAGGACGAAACUGACAGUGAUGCGUCUUCCAUGCAUUCUAGCAGCGCCAUGGCCAACAGGCAAUGCAUUCUUGAAGGCACUCUGGGUGUGCCUGAGGACCAUCCUGUAGCGGUCUCGUGCUUCGACCUCAAGGGGGGCAUGGAAGGCCUGGGCCCAGUCUUUCGUGAAGUGAUGAAGACCGACAAGCCUGUUCUCCUCGAGGUUGGUACAGCUGAUCUUCCUGCUAAUCUUCUGGAAGGGCUCGGUGGGCGAGGUUUUGAUGACUCUUGCCGCAAUGUUGUGAUUUGUCCCAUACAUCCGACAACUGGAGAAGCUGUGCUCGGAUUUCUUGUCAUGGGCGUCAAUCCUCGAAGACCAUACGAUGAAGACUACAGUCUAUUCAUUCAGCUGCUCAAUAGGCAGCUUGCAACUUCCUUGGCUUCUGUUGUUCUCUUUGAAGAGGAGAUUCGACGUGGCCAAAAGGCAGCAAAGCUUGCCGCGAUCGAUAGGAUGGAACUCUCGGAACAGUUGGCGGCUCGCACUCAAGAGGCUAUUGAGAGUGAAACAAAAUUCACGAGAAUGGCGGAAUUUGCGCCUGUCGGCAUGUUUAUAGCUGAUUCCGAAGGCACCAUUACCUAUUGCAACGACACAUGGUUCGAGAUUUCUCGAGUUUCCAGAGACGAAAACACUCCAGAUCAUCACUGGAUGGAUGCUGUCAAUGAUGAGGACCGCGAACUUAUCAACAAACUAUGGCACGAUCUCAUCGUCGAGAAGAAGCCACAAACCGGCACAUUUCGAUUCAAGUCAAAAUGGCAUGGUUCCGAAGGGUUGGAGGGAGAUCGAUGGGUGCUUUUCUCAGCCUACCCAGAAAAAUACGAAGAUGGAAACCUCAAAAGCGUGUUCGGCAGUCUAACAGACAUCAGCAAGCAGAAAUGGGCCGAAGGAUUCCAGAAACGCAAGAUGGAAGAGGCUGUGGAGCUUAAGAGACAACAAGAGAACUUCAUCGAUAUAACUUCGCAUGAGAUGCGUAACCCUCUCUCAGCCAUAUUGCAGUGUGCCGACGAGAUAACUACGACCAUGAGCCGACUCAGAGAUGGCCUCGCUGGUCAAGCUUCGCUGACAAUCGAUGGCAUCCUUUCGAGCACAGUAGACUCGGCUCAGACCAUCGCUCUUUGCGCACAACAUCAAAAACGAAUCGUCGAUGAUAUCUUGACCUUGAGCAAGCUUGAUUCGCAAUUGCUGCUGGUCACUCCAGUGGACGCACAGCCUCUUACAGUAGCGCAACGUGCAUUGAAGAUGCACGAAGGCGAACUCCAAACUGCCGACAUUCAACUGAAAUUCGUCGUCGAUGAAUCGUACAAGAAGCUCGGUAUCGACUGGGUGAAGUUCGAUCCUUCCCGCGUUUUACAAGUAUUGAUCAACCUCACCACCAACGCAAUCAAAUUCACGACGACUGAAAAGAAGCGGACCAUUACCGUCACGCUAGCAGCCGCGACGAAACGUUUCUCGGAACUAGAGAAUCGCGUGGUCAAUUAUUUCCCCACACGCAACAAACAUGCGGAUCUUACCAAAGAAAAAGACUGGGGUGAUGGCGAAGACGUAUACAUUCACUUUGCCGUUCAGGACACAGGCCGUGGACUCAAUGAGCAAGAGAAGAAGAUGCUCUUCCUGCGUUUCUCGCAAGCCUCCCCUAGAACCCACGUACAAUACGGAGGUUCUGGGCUAGGUCUGUUCAUCAGCAGAGAGCUCACAGAAUUGCAAGGGGGUGAGAUUGGCGUAGCGUCCGAAUUUGGGGUUGGCUCUACCUUCGCUUUCUGGGUUAAGGCAAAGCGAAGCAGUGCUCCCCCCGAAGCUGAAGGAUUGAAUCGGCCUGCCGUCCGCACUGCUAGUGACGCGACUGGUAAGAAGGUGCCUACUGUCGUCAAUGCCAAGGCCGAGAGUUCAGUGGCAAGACCUAUCAAAGUUCUCAUCGUUGAAGACAAUAUCGUGAACGCAAGAGUCCUUUCCAAACAACUGAAAAACCUGGGCUGUGUUGUACAUGUCGCAAAUCAUGGUGGCGAGGCCCUGGAUGUCCUUCGCAAGUCAAACUAUUGGAACCACCAGGCAGAUACCGAAAACGUCACCCCCGAAUCGGAACGAAUUGAAUUGAGCGUCGUCCUUAUGGAUCAGGAGAUGCCUAUUAUGGACGGACUGACUUGUACGAGGAAGAUUCGAGAAUUCGAAAAAGAAGGAAAGUUUGUCCGCCAUGUACCAGUCAUCGCAGUGACAGCCAAUGCUCGGAAUGAACAGAUUGAAACGGCAAUGAGUGCUGGAAUGGACGACGUCAUGCCAAAACCUUUCCGCAUACCAGAGCUUAUCCCCAAAAUCGAAGAGCUCAUGUCUAAGUAUCCGGAAGACUGA